AUUUCGAGCAAAAUUCGCAGAGCAAGCUCUUGGGGUGUCACCCGAAUUCGCGCUGCCACCGUGACACGCGCUGCCACCAGCGCUGCUGUCGUUGCACCAUCGCUGCUGCCAAGAGCCGCCCGAAGCGACGCGCGCGUCGCACGCGCAGAAGCCCGCAUUGCAGGAAGCGCCCGAACACGAACAUGGUCGACGUCGCCCAGGGCCGCGCAGCCCUCGCGCCGCUGCAAACGCCGGCGCCGCCGCCGUUCCCCAAGCCCCUCGGCGCGUUCACGGCGCCCAAGCGCGUGCGCUUCGAGGACAGCAUGGACGUCGACCGCGCGUCGUUCACGUCGUCGGACGGUAUCGACCGCCCGGCCGCCGCCGAGCUGCCCAAGGCCACGAUUUUCCAGACGAAGCAGCUCCCCGUGGGCUACGCCUUCUCGGAGCUCCGCAGCGAGAGCAACGACGAAACGUUCUUCGGCGACCUGUCGACGCUCUGCCGCGGUUCGGACGACGGCCGCUUCGCCUGCGACCACGAGCUUCCGCGCCCCGUGCUGGCCAAGACGACGUCCGCGGCUUCGGUGCUGUCGGCCAUGUCCCUGGACGACGAGCCGCCCCUCGACGAGCUCUGAGAGCGCCGCGAGCCGCGUCUCUCGCGCGCCCGGCGGACGCGCGCCGAGCAAAUGCACAUAAUCGCUGUGGUUUG